CGGAAGUAGGAAGUAACUAGCUAGGAAGUCUUCAAGAAUGCAUUUGGCUAAUUAGCGUUCAAGCGAACUGCGCGUCGUUUCUGUUUUGAUAUACCUCAGCGGUCGAGAGCCCUAUAGGAAGACCACUCUCCGUGCAUCCAAUAAUUGAAGUGUUGUAGAAUCUUAUCUGAUCAACAUGAGUCUACAGUGGACGGCCGUGGCCACAUUCCUUUAUGCAGAGGUCUUCUUUGUGUUGCUUCUGUGUGUGCCCUUCAUCUCCCCCAAGAGAUGGAGUAAGAUCUUCAAAUCUCGUCUGGUUCAAACUAUCGCAUAUUAUGGAAACACCUCCUUCAUUGUAGCCAUUGCCAUUCUCGUUUUCUUACUAAUUGAUGCGUUCAGGGAGGUGCGAAAGUACAGUGUGACUGAGAAGGUGGACCUGACCAACAACCCAGUGGCUGUAGAUCACAUUCACAUGAAGUUGUUCAGAGCCCAGAGGAAUGAGUACAUUGCUGGCUUCGCCCUGCUCCUGUGUGUGUUGCUGAGGAGACUGGCAACCCUGCUCUCUCAGCAGGCCACUUUGAUGGCUUCCAACGAGGCCUUCAAGAAGCAAGCCGAGGGAGCCAGUGAUGCUGCCAAGAAGUACAUGCAGGAGAAUGAGGAUCUGCAGGCGAAACUAAAGGAUGCCGGCGUCGCUGUCCCAGAAGUGGGCAAGAAGCCGUCUGGAGUUGGAGUGCAGGAUGAAAACAAGAUGUUGAAGGCAGAGAUGCGCUCUCUGAAGGAUGAGCUGGAAGCCACAAAGAAAGUCCUCCUGAAGUCUGACGGUGACGUGAAGGCAAUGAAGAAGCAGGCGGAGAACCUGACUGUGGAGUAUGACCGCCUGCUCAAUGAACAUUCCAAGCUGCAGGCAAGCAGUGAUGCUCAAUCGCAGGACAAAAAGUCCAACUGAUCGGGAGAGAAGUGUUGACGUGCUCGUACCAUCCACCGUCAACAACAGCCACCCACCACCACUGCUUUACACAGGAAGUCAUUAGGUGCUGAAUGUGCAGACCUGCAGGAGGAGGAUUUGGUUUAUCUGCCUUUAAAGCCUCGCUACUCUGUUGUGGCGCACAAUGGAUAGCCAUGUUUUUUUUUGUAUGUUUGCCUCCAUUUGUGAAACCACCUUGUACUUUAUAUCUGUACUUAGCUGUUUUCAUUCCAUUUGAAAUUAAAUGAACGAAUUGCACAUCUGAACAGAUGAUCCUCUGCCUCUUUGUAUUUGAGAAGGCUAUGUCCCCUGUUGGAUGUCUGAUUUUACUACUUUAGUUGUUCAACCAAUGUAUCUAUUCUGAGGGGACCUGGUAACAGUUGUCCAUGUCACAAAUAUUCCGAUAUCUGAUAGAAAAUAUGUAGUUGCGAGUCACCUUUGGACUUACUGUAAGGUGUGGUUUAACAUCUUAUUCCUGUUUGUCAAUUCUUCAUUCUUGUUUUGAAUGUAAUCUGUGUUACCUGUUACAGUAUGAGGCAGACCCUACGGUCAUUAAGGGCAUCAUAUUGUAUGGGUGGGAAUCUGCAUAUGCUCCUUUGAUGGAAAGCAGUUCAUUUUCACUCCAGUAAUUAGGCCCAUUUCAUGCUUUUGACUGAACAAAUCUGUGAUUUGGCACAUCUUGUUCUUUGAAGCCCUUAUCCACUUGCUUUGUUUGAAAAUUAAUAAGUUCCUUUUACCUCGUCUGACUGCACACUUCUGUAUUGGAGAAGCGCCUCAGGCACAUGGUGUGACGAACUUGUACCACUCAAAUCACUAAGCCGCUGCAUAACAUGAUAUGAGAUGAGCUGUAUUGGAAUGUAGGGCUUCAUGGCGUCCUUCCAUUUGAAGACUCUCAUUGGUUGAGAUGUCAUUUAAAAACACGGUUGGUUCAGUCUUUCAAAUGUUAGACACGAUGUAGUCUUUAAAUUCUGAUAUUUGAAAGAAUGUUGGAAAAUUGUUUAUUAAACUUCUUUGCGAUCUCACACCCUGUCUUUUCUUUCCUGUUUUCCCACUUGCUGAUCAUAGAAUGGUCUAUUUGGAGUGCUUCACCCGCCAUUUUGAAUUUAAUUGGAGGGGAAAUUUUAUGAACUGCAUAAUAAGAUUUCCCUGCCUGUAGAUCCAAUUUGAACGGCGAGGGUUGUAAAUAAAUCUCCCAUUAAGCAGCAACUUAAAGAAUUGUGGAACUUGUCAGUAAUUAAAUAGUCAACUUUCUGUCAUGGUCAACUGGCUGUCAAAGUCACUGUCAUGGCCACUCUGACCUUCAGGGGAGAUGGUAACCUGUCUGGGUCCGUCUGGUGUUGUACAAGAAAUUCUUAGUUUGGUGAUAUUAACAUGCCUAAGAACAGUACACUAUUCAUCCAUGUUUAUAUGUAAUAUCAGUGUUUAGUUACCUUCAUUUAUAAUGCACACUUUACAAGGUCGCCGAGCAGGCCUAGUACUCGAGGUAAAGGUUCUAUCUAUGUAUUUGACCAUUUCUUUUGCUUUCAUCUAUUUUCUUGUGGGCGAGGGGUUUGUUCUGAUGAACUAUUUACAGUAAGUGGUAGAUGUCUGGAAGCCAUCUGAUUUUUAAACGCCACUUUUUUUCCCCUCAUUACAUUGUCAGUUUUUCCAUUUUGUCAGACACUGGUGAUACUCAUUCCUUAGUCCAAGGGCUAUUGAAAUUCAUAUUCUCAACAGAGAAGAUGAGUCUCAAAGGUUUUGCAGGUUUUGUCCUUGCUGUUUAGUCAUUGACUCUUGAUGAUAUUAAUUCUAUUAUAUAAUCUCAUUUGGUGGCCUUAAGUGUCAUUUAACUGACCUAUUUUUGCAUGAUGACUUUCUCACAAGAGAACUGCAUUUACACAUGAUCUUCUGUCCUUUCAAGAAAUGUUAGCUAAUUAUGUCACAUCAAAGUUUUCCCCUUAUCUUGGAGGGAAGAAGUUUGCUGUUUCAUUAUAACUAAAUGUAUUUUUUGGAUUACAGCAUCUAUGUUUGCAGUCAACUACAUGUAUGAACAUGGUCAAUGCUGUUGGUGUGAAAUGCAAAAUAAAUAUAUUUCUCAACAAUG